ACACUCAGAUAAUAGAACACGUAUCAAGUGGGGAGGCUCGACUAUAAAAUGUAGAACAUUUGCAGUUCUAACUCACAUUCGUACGAAUAUCAUUCAACAUGAAAGCGGCUCUAGUUUUCCUGUUCCUGGCAGUGUUCGUGGCUGCGGUCUAUGGCGCUAGUGACUGCGAUCCUGAUGGCAAUGGAAAGCCAACCUGCCAAACUGGAAAUAUUGGAGAAAGAUUCCGUAACAACUGGGAUCCAACCCGUUACUGGUUGUGCGCAGAAGCUGGUGAGCCCCAGGUUGUGCUUUGCGAACAGAAAGGAUACGAUCCCGUCAGCAAGGAUUGCGUCGACUGGUCGCAGUGGAGCUGGUAUUCACCAUGCCCUUAAACAUCAAUGAAAAAAUAAAAUAUGUAUACAAAACUAUAAAA